AGAGUUAGCUUUUUUCCACCUCGGUCUCGUUUAGUAGCUUUUGCUGGUUAAAACGAGAAUUGCUACUCUCCACAAACGAGAAAACGCAAACAAACAUGCGUCGUGUUCUCUCUUCUGUUCCUAAACGAUAUGGCCGCCACGCCUCGUACGUGGGUGGCUUGUUCAACUUCCGUGUCAUUUCAGGCGAGAUGUUUCCGUAUCCUUCUCGCAAACUGGAUAACGACGAGUCUGAAACGGUGCAGACGCUGAUUGAGCAAAUUCGUAGCAACGACAAGGAACUAAAUCUUGCAGGCGCGCGCGUUGCGACGGAAUACGGUGGCCUCGGUCUUGGCCACACCGCACACGCUCUCGUUUGCGAAGAGGUUGGAACCAGCGGGGACAGCAAACUUCUGCAGACGAUCCAGCACUGCGGUCUAGCAUCUUAUCUGCUUUCCACGAUAGGGUCCAAGGAGGUGAAAGGAAAGUACCUGACAGGAAUGUCUGAUGGCAAGAUUAUGAUGGGAUGGGCCGCGCAAGAAGAGUGCGGCAACGAUAUUAGCAUGAACACUGCACACGCUGCUUUUACCAGUGCAGGAACGUACGCCAUCACUGGAGCGAAACGGUGCGAUUUUGCCGAGUCCGCGACGCAUUACCUUGUCCUGGCAAAGACGCUGACGCAGGCGGCCACAGAGGCUGGUCCAGCUGAAGUUUCCCGCAACUCCUUCUUCAUCGUGGAGAAAGGUUCACAGGGUGUGACAGCAAGCGGGAACACCGUGACCUUCGACGGAGCUCCCGUGGCGGACAUUGUCGGUGUGAUUGGAGAAGGCUUCAAAGACCGUAUGAUUACACUCUUCACGGAGCAGUACGUCUACGCAUCCACGCUUCUUGGUAUUUUGAAGCGUGUUGUUCAAGAGCUGCGUGACAGUGUCCCGGAGCAGUGGGCUGCCAACACGAUUGCAUCCUGUGCGUGCAUUAUGUACGCGAUGGAGUCUUCUCUUUACGCCCUUGUCGCCAACCUCGAUCUCCCAACGGAGGACAGCUUGCUAGAGGCAGCCUUGACGAGCGUGUUCCUGCAAAAUGGCACCAAUGAAUGGCUCAGCGUCUUGUCGACGGCCACGCCGACCAGUGAGGUGCUCGAGAAGUGCUUCGCGAACGCGCGACAGUUGCUGUCGAUGAUGGAGGCAAGUGAUUUCCUCUAUUCUUCCGCCGUGUGCUGCGGCAUCGAGGAUUACGGCUUGGUGUUCCAACGCACGUCGACGCUUCAGAUGGUGCAGCUGCGAACGAUGCGGUCGUUCGGAAUGAAGGACCGCAUCCCUGUGCGUGAGUUGGACUGCUCUGCCAUUGAUUCGGCGGUGGUCAACUUCGGCAACGCGGUAGAAGCAACAUUUGUCCGCAACGCCUCUCAAGUCCCCCAACAGCAGCUCAUCAUCAAUCGUCUCGGAGAGGCAGCAGCUUUACUUUACGCCGCCUCCGCCAGCGCGUCGCGCGCAGCCAUGUGCCACAGCAAGCGCCUUCCCACCGCCAAAACGGAGAAGCAACUGGCAAGCACCUUCAUCGCAAUGGCCACCGAGCGUGCCAACCGUCUGUCCGAGGAAUGCUGCAACAUUGGCAUGACCGCGGAUGACUCGUACAAACGCAUCGCUGUUGAACUGUGCGAUGAUGCUCUGCGCUCGUAG